CACAAACCUUCAUUCGCUAAAUUUCCCCACUUACCUAAGACUCCCACAAUUGCCCACGAACUUUUUCUCAACCUGCGACUCGACCAGACAUCCGACGGCAGAACACCAACAAACCCCAUCACGGCCGACGAGAAACCGCAGUCAAGGUGAGACGCCCCCAUGCUGCAAUUCUGCUUUGCCAAUAUCCUAGCUACGAGUCAAUCCUCCAGAAUACGACAGAUUUCUAACUGAUUGCCGUAGAUGGUUGCCAAGCACAUUCCCAUCGUCAAGAAGAAGACGAAGAAGUUCAACCGUCACCAGUCUGACCGGUUCAAGUGCCUUUCUUCAAGCUGGAGGAAGCCUAAGGGUAUUGACAAUGCUGUCCGCCGACGAUUCCGUGGGCGCAUGGCUAUGCCAUCGAUUGGUUAUGGAAGCAACCGCAAGACCCGCCACAUGGCCCCUAACGGCCUGAAGGCCUUCCUUGUCAGCAACACCAAGGACGUUGAGCUGCUGCUGAUGCACAAGGACACCUACGCCGCUGAGAUCGCCCACAACGUGUCCUCAAGAAAGCGAGUCGAUAUCAUUGCCCGAGCCAAGCAAUUGGGAGUCAAGGUCACCAACGCCAAGGCCAAGGUUACAACUGAGAUCUAAAAAAUGGGCGGUUGAUAUGGUGACACUGGAGUUCGGUUUUCUCGUUUUCGGCACUUUGCAUGUAUGGGAAGGAUUCAUACUCUGCGGUCUACGGACGGUUUGAGCUAGCAAUUUCGUGCU